GGCGCCUGCAAAACGACAGCUGCAACAUCAUCGAUCACUCUUCACUCAUAAAGUAAUAAAGAUGGCCGCCCGAUCCGUCGUUCAAUCCGUCAACUGGCAGAAGCUCUCCUCCGGCCUCGGCCUCUCCGCCGCUACCGUCGGCUCCAUCAAGUCCUUCCGUGAACGCGCCAACAACGCUGCUCGCAAGGUUCAGUCCCUUUCCGAGCAGAAGACCGACAUCGACUUCGCUCACUACCGCUCCGUCCUCAAGAACCAAUCCGUCGUCGACGAGAUCGAGAAGUCCUACAAGGCCUUCAAGCCCGUCACCUACGACGUGAACGCCCAGAUCAAGGCCAUUGAGGCUUUCGAGGCCAAGGCUGUCGAGAACGCUGAGCUUACCGCCAAGAAGGUCGACAUCGAGCUCCAGGACCUCCAGAGGACCUUGGACAACAUCAAGAACGCCCGUCCCUGGGAGGACGUCUCCGUCGACGACUUGGUCAAGGCCGCUCCCGAGAUCGAGAAGAAGACCGAGGAUAUGGUUUCCCGCGGAAGGUGGGCCAUCAAGGGUUACCAGGAGAAGUUCGGAGAUCUUUCCCUUAUGUAAGAUGUUUCUGUUGGAAUGUGUUGGAGGGUGUGUGGGGAAGUGGAUAUACCAUACUGGAAAAUGUAUGUUGGAGGUUGAGGUGGUGUUGAAGACUUGUUCGGGCAUGAGAAUAGCUGUCUAGAAUGGGAAAAGUGUAUAAUCAUUGUUCGUACGCGCUGGUCUUGUCGUGCACGUUUGAUCGUUCGAUUUUUUUUGAGUUCACUCAGCGGCCUGGCAGGCUCGCGACAUCAGAAGGCUUUGCACAUUUGCCACAGCAACUCACUCAAAGUUGUUCGACACAACUCGCCUGACCGUAUUGUUUGUGCAAGAAGCUGCAAGGUCAGUUUUGGAGUCAGUAGGGAUUGCACGAUAUCAAAAGGACAGUUACAUCG